AUGAGUGCUCUGAAACACUACACUGCUCAAGGAUACGACGGCUUCAAGCAGACUGUCGAAACCAUUGGAAAAGGACAACGAAUCGUCGCUCUCUUCACUGGUUCCAAGAUUCUGACCACCGGAAAGUCGUGGUGCCCGGAUUGUGUUGUUGCCGAGCCAGUGAUAGACCAAAUUAUCAAGGAGCCGCCAGUCUCUGAAACUGAUGUUCACUUCAUCACAGUCUUCGUUGGAAAUCGUGAAGUCUGGCGUGAUCCAGCGGUCGGAUUCCGUGUCGAUCCAUCACUCAAAUUGACCUGUAUUCCAACUAUUUUGGAGGUUGGAAAGAAGGCGAAACGUCUCACGGAGGACCAACUCACCAACAAGAAUCUCGUCAUCGAGUUCUUCGUCGAUGAGGAAUAA